AUGCAGGCAUUUGUUCCCAAAAACAGACGGCCUAGGUUUGAGCUUGUGUUGAGAAUUAUCGAUAUCAACAAUGUUCCGCUAGGCAACGGCGUUGCCUUUGUGAGAUGGCGACUACCAUCAUCAAGCGCCACUGAACACCAAGGCCAGACAGAGAAAGCGACUCUAUCUGAUCACCGGGCUUAUUGGAACUACGAAAAAGUACUUCAAGUGAGACUUACAAUUGACAGGACAUCAGUGCUUCAAGAGUGUGAACUCAAUUUCGAAAUCAUACAAGAAUUCACCUCAUCGCCCAUGUCUGAAAAGAAUGUGCUGGGCAAAAUCAGACUCAAUCUUGCUGAAUAUGUUGACAAGGUUGAAGAAGAUGAAGGUGUCGUUCGACGCUACCUGAUGCAUGAAUGCAAAGUGAAUAGUACAGUCAAAAUCGGGAUAGCGAUGCGCCAGCUAGAAGGAGACCGCAACUUCACGACCCCACAUUUGAAGUCAGCUACUGUGUUUGGAGGCAUCGCCGGUUUCGUACAUGCUUCCGAGCAGCAAGGUGAUCUCCAUGAAGCUGGACAUCUCCCAUCCAUCAAUACCAAGAGCCGGGAAAUUGCGGAUAUGCAAGAUAUGUAUCGGCGCACUCUGGCGGCAUCAUGGUCCUCCCGGGCGUCUGAUCUGCCUGCUGAUAAACUUGUUGAGGAGCUAUUUGCUGGAAGCGCAUGCUGGUACAACGAAGCGCACAAUGCCAGCGACAAAAGCUUGCUAGAGGGUGACCACAGAGAUACUCUACUAAGCGUAGAGUCAGCUUCGCGACAAAGUCGCACAGGAAAAAGGCUGUCCCCAAGCUUCGAACGUCGGCCCAAGAGUUCUUCGAGCAAUCGUUCUCACAAUAGCGGCAAGACGCCGGACUCUCUUUCUACACUUGGACAUCCGGAAAAGGGUGGAAGCAUCGAGCAGAAGCUUUAUGACGGGGCGAAGGGUCGCGGAUGGAAAGCACCCAAUGUACACAAUGAACUUUCUGAGUUUGACGUGAGAGAGGAUUUGCGCAGCUGGGAAGUUCCUUCAAAGGAAUGA